AUGAAAGCUGCACGCGUUUUGGGCAUUAUAUUUGCUAAAGCAAAAGAAUGUACAAUUCAAAAUGGUCUUACCGAGAUCCUUGUAUCACUUACAGAAGCAAUGAGAGCAAAUGCCAAGGAAACAAAAUUCAAAUUAUAUCUAUUACAAGCAACUGGUGAAAUAAUGGUAUUCAUUGGCAUAAGGGAUGAUUUUUCUAUACAUCAUGCAGCAUGUAAAAUAAUCGAAAAUCUAUUUUUUAUAUCCGAUAAACAGUCGGAAAAAUUUGCUACAACUGAAGUUGCACUCUCAUUAUGGACAAUUUACAAUACGGUUGCUAAUAAUGAACAUAUGCGAUCAUCCGCUCUUGCCGCUUUAUGUCACAUGGGUUUGUCCUAUGGUGAUGUAUUACAAGCUCUUGUUGAUAAAGUAACAAUAAAAGGAGAUAUGUUUCAAACAUCGACACCAAAAGUAUUGCAAUAUUUUGUCACAUUAUUAGCUAUUUUGGCUAAAAAAACAAAAAAUCGUGUAUUAUUUAUUCAAGAUAUACUACCAAAAAUGAAUAUAUUAUAUGAAAACACGCAUGUAUUAACUCGUGCAAAAGCGUAUACUUUAACCAAUAUUAUAUUGACUACAUACAAUGAAAGUAUAUUUAUAUUAGCUGAAGCGAAAUUGUUUCAAGCGUAUGAAAGAGAUGUACGUCGAACGUUUCCUGAAAAAGAUGAAAAUGAUCUAAUACAUGAUUCAUUAAAUCGAUUAACAACAUUGUUAUCAACCUUAUUUGGAACUGUAAUAGACGAAUUAUUAUCUGGAACCGAACAAACAAGUGCUCGAAAACCAUCACCAGUCAAAGAUUCAUUUAAAAGAUUACUGCCAUAUUUUAGAGUGUUGUCUAUUGUUAUUGGAAAUUCGUGUAUUCGAAGUAGAAUAGUCAAUUUAACAUCAAUUAAAAAAUUAUUUAAACUAAUGACAAAUGUUAAAAUGAUUGCUGAACUUAAUAUUGAAUUAACAAAAUCAUCAUCAUCAUUAACCGAAAUUAUUUCUUGUGUAUCAUUAACAUUGGAUUCUCUUGUACGUGCUCGUGAACUAUUAAAUUUGUUUAAUGAGAUAAUCAUAACAGAUUUACUACCAUUACUAAACACAUAUCUAUCAUCAACAAUUAAUGAUUUCAUUGUGUUGUCAUUAUGUGUAUUAAAUGAACUAUUAAAUGAAUUACAGACAAAUGAUUGUGUUUUAACAAAAAAUUUACAAUUAAAUAUCAGAAAUGAAUUGUUACAAGCAUUUUUAAUUCAAGUUGAUCGACUUCUACUAAAAGAAGAACCAAUUCCAGUUAUAACCUUACAUUUCAUACAAACAUUAGUUAAUUUAGAACAAAUACAAUGUUUAGAUUAUAUUAAGAAAACAAAGAUAAUACAGAAUAUGUUCAGUUUAAUAACACAACAUAAAGAGAAAACAAUUGGUGCACUAAUUCAAUCAACAAUAUCAUGUUUUAAUACAAUGUCAGAAAAAGCAAAUAUGAUACAAAUAAUGAUUGAGAAUGGUACGAUUAUUAUAUAUUUCAUUUUUUUUCUACUUGGUGACUAAUAGCUACUAUCGAAAAAAAGGGUUUUUUCACAGUACCUAAGAGAUUUUGUAUUAAGUACACGAAACAUCAAAAAUUUUGUGUAGUGGAUUCAAUUCCUGCAGAAUACCCUAUAGUUUCGCAGUUCUCAUGGCGUCAUACAAAAUGAUUUGUAUAUCUUUUCGAAAGGAAUAUGAUCUGAAUGGAUAUGCCGAAAAAUGUUAAAAAGAAAAAUAUUAAACAGACUAAUAUUUAGAUAAGAUGGAAAAAUAUUUAAUUGAUAUUUAAUAUUAGUCGUUUAACAUUUUUCUUUUUAACAUUAGUCUAUAGACCCAAUCUGAAUAUGAUAUGAAAUGAUCGAUUUGACAGUGGU